AUGGCUCAAAUAUUAGAAUCAGAGAUAGAUUAAAAAAUGGAAUAAGUUAGUAAGAACAAAUUAGAAUUAAAAGCUUAACUUUUAACCAAAAAUAUGGAAUCAGAUUUAAGUGUAUCUCAAAUUGAAGAUAAUGGAACUGAUUAUGUAUUAAGAUGUAUUAAGGGAAUGUAUAGAGGAAUGUUCAUAUAUCUUAAUUUAGUUGAAAGUGGUGAAACUAUUGGUAGUGAUGAUAGUUGUACACUUCAAAUGGAAGAUUGUGGAUUAGAGAGAACUCAUGUGAAAAUUAAAUAUAAGUAUAAUGAAGAAUAAAAGAAAAAUGGAUAUCAUCUUACUUGUUUUGGUCCAACUUUAAUAAAAAUUCGUUAUGAUUGUCCAGCACUCAUUAAAAAUAAUAUGGAAAUAACUAUUGGAAAAUAAAUAUAUAUCAUUUAAACUGUUUAAGAAGGAUUUAAUGAAAUCCUAGAAUGGCUUUCUAUGUAUGAUCUUUAAGGAUUAAAGCACUUUUUCUUUGGAAAUAAUAUUAAUAACUUAAAAUAACUAAAAUAAAAUAAGAUAGAUCAAUUAAUAAGUUCAGUGUAAUCUUAUAGUGCUACUUAAGAUUAAUUGAUAAAAUUAAGAGAAGCUUAUAAUCAAAUAGAUGAUAUAAUACUCUAAAAUUAUGAUGCAUUCAAAAUUAAUUUAUUAGACAAAUAAAAAAAUACUAUAGUUUUGUAAUUUGGUUGGACAGGUGCUAAGAUUAGUUCAAAAACACAAAGAUAUUAAAAACCACCUGAUAUUUUACUUAAGAAAUAAGAAAUAGAUGAUUUAGAAGAAAAUCCUGAUUUUGAAUUAUUAAUUAAAUUCAUUUAAGGAAAAUAUUGGAUUUGGGGUUCAAAAACUGAUACUUAUAAUACAUUUUAUAAAUAAAAUAAAGAAGAAACUAGAUUGAUUUAACCUGAUGAUGUUAUAAAAUUGAAUAAGAUAGAAUUAUUAGUAUAAAGAUUUAAUUAUGGUUAUUUCUAAGAUCUUGGAACUAAAAGAACAUAAGAAGAUAAUUAUACAAUUAUAUAAGAUUUAUAAGUAAGUAGUAGAGUUCCAGUAUCAUGUUAUGCUAUAUUCGAUGGUCAUAAUGGAAAUUCUUGUGUUAAUUAUAUGUCAUAAAAUCUUAUGGAUAAUAUAAGAGAAUAUUUUAAUUAAGAAUAAAAAGAAUUUGAUCAUCAAAAUAAAUUUUUAGCUUUUCUAUUUGAAAAUAUUAGAGCAGCAUUUAAAGAAACUGAUAGUGAUUUUUUAACUGAUGUUGUUUAAGCAAAUGCUGCAAAUGAUUCAGGAUGUGUAGCUGUUGUAGUAAUGAUUAUAGGUGAUUAUAUUGUUAGUAUUAAUUGUGGUGAUUCUAGAGCAAUAUUAUCAAGAUAAGGUGAAGCUAUUAAUUUAACAGAAGAUCAUAAACCUAAUAUUCCUGCUGAAUAAGCAAGAAUAAAAAGAAAAGGUGGUGGUGAAAUAAUUGGAGGUAGACUUGGAAAUCUUGCUGUUUCUAGAGCAUUUGGUGAUUUUAGUGAAAAAAAGAAAUUUAAAAAAAAUGUUAUUACACCAAAACCAGAUGUUAGAGUUACUAAAAUUGAUUAUAGAACAGAUGAAUUUAUAUUAUUAUGUAGUGAUGGUAUUAUAGAUGGAUUUGGAAAUGCUGAGUAACCUGAAUAGAAUUUUUAAUAAAUAUCACCUAGUCAAAGAGUAAUUGAAUUUGUUAGAAAUAUGUAUAAAGAAUAAUAGAUUGGAUUUUAAGAUCCUUAAGAUGCUGCAUAAUAAGUUGUAUUAAGAGCAUAUUAAUAUAAUGUCACUUAUAGAAGAUAAUCAGAUAAUAUAAGUUGUAUUAUUGUUAAUCUUACUCGUGGAAUAGUGUUUUGA